AUGAAGGUCAAGAUUACCCGCUGGAAUACCGUCGCGACGUGGCGGUGGGACAUCCCCGAGGACGACGUCUGUGGUAUCUGCCAAGUCCACUUCGAUGGCACAUGUCCGACCUGCAAAUACCCCGGCGACGAUUGCAGCCUCUUGUCUGGCAAGUGUGGACACAACUUUCAUAUGCACUGCAUUCUGGAGUGGAUUAAGCAGGACUCGGCAAAGGGCCAGUGCCCCAUGUGCCGUCAAAAAUUCGAGUGGAUGGACCAGACGAGUGAGACCGUUGAGGCCUAG